UGGGGUAGCGCUGGACGGAGGCGCUUGACUGCGGUGGUCGGGUCGUCAUAAAAUUAAUUAACUCCAGUCGACAACAAAAUGACUCAAAAAGCAACGCAACUAUAAAACAGACAAGCAACGAAGAGUCCUGAAACGAAGCUUGCGUGUCGGCAUGCGAGUCAACAUGGGUUAUUUGAAACUAAUUGAGAUCGAAAAUUUCAAAUCUCAUAAAGGCUGACAAAUAAUAGGACCUUUCCACAAAUUUACAGCAAUAAUUGAACCAAAUGGAUCCGGAAAAUCGACCUUGAUGGCCGCCAUCAGUUUUGUCGUAGCAGAGAAGACCAGUAACCUCUGUGUCAAAAAUCUGAAGGACCUCAUCCAUGGCGCGCCGGUGGGGAAAGCAGCGGCUAACCGAGCCUUUGUGAGCAUGGUGUACAGUGAGGGCGGUGGCGAACGCACGUUUACGCGGCUCAUAAUAGGCUCCUCUUCUGAAUAUCAGAUCGACAACAAGGUAGUUGGACUCUCUGAGUAUAGUGAGGAACUGGAGAGACUCGGCAUCUCAAUCGAGGCCAGGAACGUUCUAGUGUUUCAGGGUGCUGUUGAGUCCAUAGCCAUGAAGAACCCAAAAGAGAGGACUUCCCUGUGUGAAGCGCUCUCGUGCUCGGGGGAACGGGCUCAUCGCCAGAUCGCCAUGGUGAAGGCAGAGGAGGGCACACAGUUUAAUUACCACCGUAAAAAGAACAUCACGGCCGAGCGCAAGGAGGAGAAAGAGGAGGCUGAGUGCUACCAGCAGCUGAAGGACGAAGUGGCGAGGGCCCAUGUGCAGCUGCAACCUUUCAAGCUCUACCACACUAAGGCAGAGCUCGAGAAGCUGAACCGAGAGCUGUCGCAGCGCAACAGAGAAGACCGGAAGAAGAUGGAUCAUAUCGAAGAGGAACUGAAGGAGAAGAAGAAAGCUGGAUGGAUGAUGAGGGAUCAGCAGAACAUGGAGAAGGAAGUAAAAGAGAAAGAUAUUGAGCUGAACCAGAAACGGCCACAGUACAUCAAGGCCAAGGAGAACACCUCCCACAAGAUUAAGAAGCUGGGCAAGUCCCUGCAGAAUGCUCAGAAGAUGUAUAAGAAACGCAAGGCUGACAUGGAGGAGCUGGACCGGGAGCAGGUUGCUGUGGAGAUGGCCAGACAGGAGUUUGAGGAGGCCCAGAGCCAGGGUGAGGAUCUCACCUUAGAGGAGAACCAAUUGAGCUCAGUUAAGCAAUACCACCGGCUGAAGGAGGAAGCCAGCAAGAGAGCAGCAACCCUGGCCCAGGAGCUGGACAAGUUCAGUCGCGACCAGAAGGAUGACCAGGACAGAGUGGACCUGGAGGAGAGGAAGAAAAUGGAGACAGAGGCCAAAAUAAAGCAGAAAAUAAGCGAGAUGGAGGAAAAGCAAAAAUGCACUGAGAAGAUGGAUUACAUGGCCACCAGCAGACAAUCUCUAGAUGAACAGAGGCGAAUGGAGGAUGAAGUGGAACUGGCCAAAAAGAGGAUCGAUGAGAUAAACAUGGAAUUGAACUAAGUGAUGGAGCAACUUGGCCAUUCUAGAAUGGACAGGCAGGAAAACGGCUGUACGCAGCGUAAAUCUGAGAUCAUGGAGAGCAUUAAGAGGCUUUACUCUGGCUUUGUGGAUGGCAGGCUGAUUGACUUAUGCCAGCCUACACAGAAGAAGUACCAGAUCGUGGUGACAAAGGUCCUGGGAAAGAACAUGGAUGCCAUCAUUGUGGACUCAGAGAAGAUGGGCAGAGACUGUAUUCAGUAUCAAAGAGGAGAACCAGAGACCUUCCUGCCCUUGGACUACCCGUAGGUGAAGCCCACAGACGAGAAGCUGAGGGAACUCCGAGGGGCCAAGCUGGUGAUCGAUGUGAUCCGCUAUGAGCCACGCCACAUUAAAGCCCUGCAGUACGCGUGUGGGAAUAUGCUCGUGUGUGAAAACGUGGAGGAUGCACGCAGGAUUGCCUGGGGACCUUACCGAUAUAAGACCGUGGCUCUGGAUGGCACCCUUUUCCAAAAGUCUUGGGUGUUCUCUGGAGGAGCCAGUUACCUGAAAGUAAAGGCCCAAUGCUGGGAUGAGAAAGCCGUGGACAAACUCAAAGACAAGAAAGAGAAGCUUACAAAGGAGCUCAAGGAUCAGAUAAAGGCAAAGAGAAAGGAGGCGGAGCUUAGGCAGGUACAGUCCAGGCUGAAGUACUCGCAGAGCAACAUGGAACAGACCAAGACCACCUGUCCCUCAAUCUGCAGGUAAGCCCAAGGAAAGAGACGUGGGAAAUGGGUCUCGUAACGAACGCCGUCUCUGUGAGGGCCUGCACUGUGAGGCCUUGUGUCUCAUCAGUCGUCUUUGCACGAGAAGGCCAAGCUGGAGAGCGAACUGGCCAAUUUUGGCCCACGUAUAAAUGACAUCAGAAGAAUCAUCCAGUCACGCGAGAGAGAGACGUCACGGAGUUGAGAGACCGCAUGAACCUGGUAAGAGCACUGUCCAAGCCAUUCUCAGUAGUUGCUCAGUAUCAAUCUCCUAUCGGUGCAUUUCAAAUUCUGGAGGAUGUCUGCUCUGUGCACUGCAAGGCCACUUGAAGACUUUAACUGAGAUAUGGUGUACCACGUGCUAAGAUCACUGACUGAAAUCGAGUGUAAUCUAGUAUAUGACCUUGUUAAAUAUCAUUGUUGGCAUCUGUUGCAAGAACACCUUUGUUUGUAACGUGUGGCCGUUAAGAUAACUUUCCCUCAUAGUGUGUGUGAUAUGGUGUGAGCUUAGAGAACUGACUCAGCUCCAGAAGGAGGUGAUGGCCAUCGAGACGUCCUGCAUCUUGCAGGCCUGUAGGAGGUUAUCAGGCUGCCUCUCAAACCAGGGAACCAUAGAUGACAUCAGCCAGGGGGAGGUAGAAGAAAAACAAAAGCCACUUAACUAUAUGCAGCACCAUAUAUAUGCUAGUCUAGUGGGUUUACAGACCACUGCUAUUAACGUGAACAGACAAAUGGAGACAGGAUCCACACAUGGCUGAGGUCACAUACUGUAAACCCUAACAUACUGUUAUGAUGUGGAUUUUACCUCAAGGGAAGUUCUCAGACAGAUGAGUCCAUCAAUAGCCAAAAAACCUCCAGCUCUGUGCAUACCAAGGAAGCCCUCAUGGAGAUCGACUACAGCAACUUAAACAAGGACCUCAAGGUUUUACAAGUACCAGAAAUCCCAGAUCCCUUGUCCAGAAUGCGGUCUGUGUUUCAAAAGCGAAGCAGGCAGCGUUCCGUUUGUCUGUGCGUGUAGGACGCUUUGUCUGAAGAGGAGAUCAAGGCGGAGAUGAGCACGUUCCAGCAGAAGCUGGCUGAGCGGCAGAGCAUUCUCCAGCGCGUCAGCGUGCGUAACAUGAAGACCAUGGAGAAUAUCUGUACCAGAUCAUGCAUCAUAAGCAAAUAAACAUUUAAUGCUAGGACAUACAUGUGCAGCUCUUCUGUUUACAGCUCUAUAGCUGACUUACACACACACACACCCAGCAGCUAUAUGAUCAGGGCAUGAUCAGUGUGGGUCAUUGUCUCUUAAAGGGGCAGUGUUUUGUACAUAUUUUUGUUCAGAUCUUCUACAGAUAUCACGAUAAUAUCAUUACCAUGAGUAUUUUUGGGCCACAAUAAUUUUGUUGUGAAAAUCUGAUAUUGUGACAGCCCUAAUCACAUCACUGUCACACACCGCUGUUCAUGAGACUUGUAGCAGUGAGUUUUUCUGUUGCUCAGGCUUUCUUAGGACCGGAGAACCUGGAGGAGCCAUACCUGGAUGGGAUCAAUUACAACUGUGUGGCACCAGGAAAGAGAUUCAGGCCAAUGGACAACCUGUCUGGAGGAGAGAAGACCGUGGCAGCCUUAGCGCUGCUUUUUGCCAUGCACAGGUGAGACAACCAUUAAAAUAAAAGUCCUUGUUCUGUAAUCCUAAUUUUCACUACUCUUUGAUGGGAAUGAAAAGUUUUUAGUCUGCCAACAUGUUGCCUUUUCUAAUGAGAUUUUAUAUAAUUUCCAUCUUGGCUACAAGCCUGCUCCCUUCUUUGUCCUCGAUGAAAUAGACGCUGCACUCGAUAACACAAACAUUGGCAAGGUUUGUGUAUGGUGUUUAUUAGACCACAAUCAGAUCACAACUGUCAGGAGGUAUUAGACAUGAAAUACAGUGAUUUAACUUGUUGUUGUCAAAAUGAUCACAUUAUUUUGAUUAAUUUUAAAUAUCAUAGGUGGCCAAUUACAUAAAGGACCAGUCCAGAAUUUCCAGGCAAUUGUAACCUCCCUCAAAGAGGAAUUCUACACCAAAGCUGACUCACUCAUAGGAGUCUACCCUGAGUAUCCUGAUGCCGAUGCCAAUCCAAAUCCAAACGAUUAGGUCACCUAAAUAUGACGGUUUUGGCAACAGUAGCAGAAUUAUCGUGAUCUCUGACGCAUAUAUACAUUUUUUUUCUUUGUCAUGGGUGUCACAGUUCAGUAGUUUUCAACAGAUGUCCAUUCUGUGUGCAUGCUCUUACUAGUCCUUGAAUCAUUGUUUUUCUGACAGCUGUCAUCUGAUUAAAAACAGUGAAUAUUGAAAUUAAACCACAAACCCCAACACCAGUGGCAUAGUUAUGUAAUUCAGUGUAAUAAACAUAUACAACUAUAAUUUGUGGUGCAAAUUAUAGUUGUAUAUGUUCAUCAUGCUCAUCAACAAAAGAUUUGUCAGAUGUCGUAUCAUGUUAAACAUGAACAAAAAACACAUUUAGAUAUGAAUUAUGCUGCUUAGGUUAAUAAGGUCUAAUAUUGUGUGCGUGUUUCUAUUCCAAGAGUCUGCAGUAUUUAAUUACAGACAAUGAUGCAUUGCUUAGUUGUAUUGUUUCUUAAGACAGUGUCUUCCUUUGUCGUUUAUGAUGGACACCUGCUGAACUUCCUACUGUCAACGUGCAAACGAGUGUACACCCAGUAUGUGUAGCACGUAUUCAACUGCAAACCUAAUCCUUGGUUUAACUCAAUAAAUGUCUGGAAACGAAUCAAUCCGUCUCAGAAACACUGCUUUCCAAUCUUUUUACUUUAAAAUAACGUGCCAAUGGAAGAGCUGUAGGCGUGUUGAGACCACCGAGUUUCACACGUGGGUUCAUUUUGUUCUCUGUAAGGCUGAACUAUCUUGUAUAGUAGUCCCGUAUGGUUGAUUGGUUUCUGAGGGGGCGGGUGCUGGCGCAAAACGUGCCUCUUAUUGGUUGGAGCCUCUCACUAGACUCGCUUGUAUUGGCUGGUUCCUUUUCAUGGGUUUGGUUGUACUCCAAAA